AUGGCAGUCUCACGAUCCCUCGCUGCUUCAGCACUCAUUCGAUCAGCAUGUCAGAUCUGCCUUGGAAAGACAGCACCACGCCCGGCAUCCCAGCGCCUGGCCUGCACACAGCAACGUGGAAAUCGAGCUCUCAGACCAGCCUUCACACCAGUACGAUGGCACUCAGCACCUCCCCAAGCCACGACCUACGACUUCGGCCAAAUGAAAGAGUUCAGCAAGACGCCGUCCGAUAAAAGAAUACUCAUAGACGUCCGCGAACCCUCAGAAUACGCCGCAGGCUACAUACCCGGCGCCCAAAACCUCCCCAUAAAAUCCCAACCAGACGCCAUCUUCCUCCCAGCAGACGAGUUUGAGGAUAAGUUCGGGUUCAGCAAGCCGCAAGCAGAUCAGGAAGUAGUAUUCUACUGCAAGUCUGGUGUAAGAAGUAGUGCGGCUGCCAACUUGGCGAGACAGGUAGGAUACAGCAAUGUUGCGGAGUAUCGAGGGUCGUGGUUGGAUUGGGAGAAGAAUGGGGGUGAGGCGAGUAAGCCUUGA